AUGCCGUUUGGAUUGUGCAAUGCUCCAGCAACGUUUGAAAGGUUGAUGGAGCUUGUACUUACCGGGCUAAUUGGCGAUGCCUGUCUGGUCUACUUGGAUGACAUCAUCAUCGUAGGCCGUACGUUUGAGGAACACCUUCAAAACCUGGAAUGCGUGCUCAUGAAGAUCCGGAGAGCCAACCUCAAGUUGAGUCCGAAGAAAUGUUCAUUAUUCAAACGGCAAGUUAGCCAUUUGAGGUAUGUAGUGUCGGAAGAAGGUAUCCGCACGGAUCCAGAGAAAAUUGCCAGACGUACUCCUAAGAUCGUCCAUGUGGAUCGACUGGCGCGUUAUUAUGGGGCCAAUAAUGCUCGGGACGAGCAUGUCUUAGGAGGUGGCAGUGUUGCGCGCCACUAUUAA